AUGUGCGUGGUUGGAUUUGGACCUGAAGAUUCGAGGAGAGCGGGGGACUAUCGAGGAUGGAUCCAGGGCAGUGCCGGUGGUGCACGGCUACCAGAACCCGUCGACGCGGAAGAUUGGACACGGGCAUAUGAAUUGUGGCGGCCAGAUUCCCGAGAGGUUGAUCUGGGCCUGGUUGAGGAUAAGAUCGAGCGUGCGUUUCGGGAGACAUACAAUCAGUUCCUGUUGACGGAUGCAGGGACGUCUCGCUUGGUUCUUGUUCUCCCGUCUCUUAUGCCACAUCCAUUGCUGUCAUCACUGCUGUCGACACUCUUCAGUCGCUGGCGCUUUCCGAGUGUUACCCUUCUGUCUAGUGCGACCAUGUCGGCCACGGCUGCGGGAUUGCGGUCGGCUUUGGUGGUUGACAUUGGCUGGGCCGAGACCACGGCAACGGCGAUUUAUGAGUACAGGGAGAUGGCUACGAAGAGAACGACACGGUCUAUGAAGCAUUUGAUGCAGGAGAUGGGACUGCUUCUUACUGGGUUGGCUUCCGAUGGAAAUCCGGAUACGGAGACUGCGAAUAAGAUCUCUGUUGGUUUCGCGUACUGUGAAGAGGUUGUCAGUCGGUUUGCCUGGUGCAAACUGCAAACACAAGACGAUAAAAGCUCAGAUGAACCCGACCGGCAAUUAUCGAUUCCUUCGCCCGCAAACCCCGAGGAAGAAUAUAUGGACGUGCCGUUUUCGCGUCUCGCUGAACCUGUCCAGAAGGUCUUAUUCGCACCAGGUGUCGCAGAACAUGAAUUGGACGACGAAGAAAAAUCAUUGCCUUUGCUUGUCUACAACACGCUUCUGUCACUAUUCCCCGAUGCACGAGGAACAUGCAUGUCCCGCAUUGUGUUUGUGGGCGGCGGUUCUCGAAUUCCUGGGCUACGGCAGCGGGUCCUUAAAGAAGUCUCACUCUUGAUUGAUCGUCAUGGAUGGAGUCCAAUUCGAGGCAAAGCACUUGAGCGACAGCGACAAAGAUUGGAGCAGCUAAGAAUUUCAGCCCGAAAAGCUUCCAACGAACCGGAAACCCCCAAGAGCAACGGGGAAGCACCAUCUACCGAUGAGACACCCGCAGACCCCUCCAAAGAAGUGCCUGAGAUCGAUUUCGUGGAACAGAAACUCCGCCGACAAAACAAGGAUAUCCCAGUUCCUGUCCAAGGAGUCUUACGCGAAGUUGAAUCUCUUGGUCCAUGGGCGGGUGCAAGCCUGACAACUAGUCUCAAGAUCCGGGGAAUGGUAGAGAUCGAACGAGAGAAGUUCUUACAGCACGGACUCGCUGGAGCUACACGGGAUAUCGACCAUCCUGUUCCUGAUCGUCGAUCAGGCUUAAAGUCUGGUGAUCGAUCCAGUUGGACACUUGCAGGCUGGGCAUAA